AUGUUGCUACUCAGGGAAAUGGUCGGAGCAGAAGUGGAGCCGAGCAUCAUCGGCUACAAUGCUGGAAUCAGUGCGUGUCAGAAGGGGGCACAGUGGCAGCAGGCGCUGUCGCUGCUGAGGGAGGCCGUGGAGAGCGAGCUGGAGCCCGAUGGCACCCCGUCUGCAGCACCCGACCCCGCGGGUGCGAGGGCGAGGUCUUCAGCUCAGGCCCCUCACGGAAGGUCUUCUGCGCUUAGGGUUCCGGUUUUCAUACAUGCUCCGCGUGCGGAUCAUGUAUUACAAAUGCAGGGAUUAGCUAUUCAAAACAACGAUGAGUUCAUGCAUGAAUUUACUCCGUCGGGGAACCUACUCGUCGCUUCAUUUUGUUAG